GCAGAGAGAGAGAGAGAGGCGGCGAGGCUGAAGCGGCGGACAAAAUGUGUUCAACUCCGACAGCACGCUGGUUAAAGUUGUUAGCCGGGAUCCCAUCCACGGAUUUGCUUCUUUAAAGGCCCAGGAGAAGGGUUUUCCAUGUAAUCCCAUUCCCGCAGCGCUCGAGCUUCAUCAGCAGACGUUCCUCUGGACGUCGAGGAGAUUUCUUUUUCGCGUGCGUGCAGCCAGCAACAGGUUAUUUACAGCUUAGCACGGCGUCCAACUUGCAGCUGUACUCCACUGCUUAUUAGACCUGAGUUAACUUUUGUUUUAUCAAAUCGAGGGAUGCUUUUUUGUGACACUCUUUACCGUGCAUUCACCGUGAUGUGAGUUGCAGCUUUGUGUUCGACACAGACCAGCAGAUCCUCCGGGUUCAGUGCACUGCUGUUUGAGGGGAGGUCGGCUGCAGAAACCGAGAGAAUAUGCCCUAGAGAAGAUUUCUAAUUCAACAUUUUUUGGUGAUCACAUUGACUCCACAGCUUCGACCUACGAACAGAGCCGUGAGGAGCUGCUGGUGUUCCUGCUGGGGAUUCUUUUUUCCAAGAAGGACUGCAUGCAUAGAUGGUGCCAAACAAGUGGACCAUGAAUUCAGUUCUGCACAAAUCGCCACCAAGGAGCUGGCUUGGGCUCAGAUUACGACUGAAUGACAAGCCCGUCCAGGAGGAGGACUGGGUGGUGUGCCAGCACCCUGAGUGUCCUGAUCGUCGGAGGGCCUCUAAGGUUUGCCACCACCCAGACUGCCAGGACCUGAACAGCAAAAGCCCCCUCCACCUGUGUGAGUCAUGUGACUCACGCUGCCAUUCAGAGAACACAGACAACAUGCACUUUGACCGGCACCCCCGAUUUGACUUACAACCUCAAGCCUCCAUCCUGGCUCGAAACGUGUCCACACGCUCCUGUCCCCCACGCACCAGCCCCCCCUCUGACCUUGAGGAGGAGGAUGAGGGGAGCAACGACCGCGGGGAGCGUAAAACAGGGGGGAUGAAGUUGGCGAAGAAGAAGCCACGAAGACGACACACUGACGACCCCAGCAAGGAGUGCUUCAGCCUCAAGUUUGAUCUCAGCGUGGACAUAAACACGGAAAUAGUACCUGCAAUGAAAAAGAAAACCCUGAGGGAGGUUCUGGGUCCGGUGUUUGAGAGGAAUGGCAUUGAGCUGUCCCGGGUCGACUUGUUCCUGGAUCAGUCCAACACGCCGCUAUCCCUCAAUUUCGAGGCCUACCGUUUUGGAGGACACUACCUCAAAGUCAAAGCUCGGGCCGGCGAUGAGCUGAAGGUGGAGCAGGGUGUGAAGGACAUGCGGUCACUCAGUCUGCCCAACAUGAAGCCAUCUGCAGGUCAGAGCCCCUACAUCCUCACCCCCGGCACCGAGAAGGUGGAGCACGGAUCUCUGGGACGCAAAGAGAGCAUCGAUCUGCUGGGUCAGGCGAGACGGAGGAAGAACAUGACAGAGUUCCUUGGGGAGGCGAAUAUCCCAACCCCGGAUUCUCUGGGACAGAUAAGCGGCUCUCUGCCUGGCGUUGGUACAGGACCUGACAGCUGGAAGAACCGUGCCGCCAGCCGCUUCAGUGGCUUCUUCAGCUCCAACACUGGAGCCGGACCCUUCGGCAAGGAGGUGGACCGUUUGGAGCAGCUGCAGAGUAAGCUGCACUCCUACACGCUGUUUGGUUUACCCAAGGUGCCGCGGCAGCUCUCCUUCCACCAGGACUCCUGGGAGGAAGAGGAGGAGGAGACCAACCUGGUGAUGGAGGACAGUUGGCAGGCGCUGCUGGACAACUCAGAGACGUUGACAAGGCGGCAGUUCCACCAGCAGGAGGCGAUAUGGGAGCUGCUGCACACAGAGGCCACGUAUAUCAAGAAACUCCGAGUCAUCACUGAUCUAUUUCUGUGUGGGCUGCUGAACCUGCAGGAGAGCGGCCUGCUCACAGAGGUGGAGCCCGCAAAGCUCUUCAGUAACGUUCAGGAGAUUGUCCGCCUCCACACAUCCCUGUGGAAUCAGGUCAUGCUGCCGGUCCUGGAGAAGGCCAGGCAAGCCCGGGCUCUGCUCGACCCCACUGACCUGCACCACGGCUUCAGGACGUGUGGCUCACGGUUCCAGCCUUACAUCCAUUACUGCAUGGAGGAGGAGGGCUGCAUGGAGUACAUGCGAACACUUCUCAGGGACAACGAGCUCUUCAGGACAUACAUCACAUGGGCAGAGGCUGAUAAACAGUGUAACCGUCUGAAGCUGGCUGACAUGCUGGCUAAGCCUCACCAGAGACUCACCAAAUAUCCACUCCUGCUGAAGAGCGUGCUCAAGAAAACAGACGAGCCGUCAGCACGGGACAUCGUCAAUGGCAUGGUGGCUGCAGUCGAAGGCUUCAUCAACAGUGUUGACUCUCAGAUGAGACAACGUCAAGAGCAACAGAAGCUGGCUACUAUAUCUGCCCGCAUUGACUCGUACGAGGCUGUAGAGGGCAGCAGUGAAGAAGUGGAGAAGAUCCUUAAGGAGUACAACCGCUUUGACCUGAUGGCUCCCAUGAGAGGAACGUCACCGCAGGAGACCCGACAGCUGCAUCUGGAGGGAGCGCUGAGGAUGAAAGAGGGCAAAGACAGUCGGAUGGACGUUCACUGUGUCCUCUUCACUGACCUGCUGCUCAUAACAAAGCCAGUAAAAAGAGUGGAGAAAGUUAAGAUCAUCAGACAACCUCUGCUCAUUCAUAACAUUGUCUGUAAAGAGCUCAAAGACCCCGGUUCAUUCAUCCUCAUCUACCUCAAUGAGUUUAAGAGUGCAGUGGCUGCCUACACUUUCCAAGCCAACAGCGCCUCCCAGGGGCGAAGCUGGAUCGAUGCAAUCUGCAACGUCCAGAAUCAGCUCCAGAGGCUCCGCACUGAGGAGGUUCUCCGACAGCAGAACAAUCUGAAGAGGUGCACUGACAGAGAGGAGGAAGAGGAGGAGGAAGACGAGAGCAGCAACUCUGCUGCAAGUUCACCGUGUUUGAGGCACAAAGAGCAGCAGAACUCAAGUCUCUCUGACGGUUCCACUGAGACUCUGUCAGUGAUGGACGUCGAUGAACCAGGCGAACAUCAGGACCCUCCUACCCCCAUCAUGAACCUGGAAGCACCCAUUAAAACAGACUCUGAUGAUUCCCCUCUAUCUGAGGGCUCAGGGGUCCAGCAGUCUCACUCCUCCAGCCCUCAUAGAGUCCACUCAAACAUUUACUCAGAGACGGGGCCAGACGGCGAGGAGCUGGACCCUCAGUGUCGCUCCCUCUCUAUGGACAGCGCCUACGGGACCCUCUCCCCCGAGUCUCUUCUUAGAGAACUCCAACCUCAGCCGGGACAGAGCGAGGGGGAGGAGACAGAGGAGGAGGAGGGAGAGGAUGUGGGGUUAGAGGAGGCGGAGGAGGAGGAAGAGGAGGAGGAGGAGGAUGCCGGCUCUCUGGGGUCUCAGCUCUCUGUGGUUCAGUCCUCUAAACCUCGACGGCGACCUCACAUUCAGCCUCGCCCUCACUGCCUGCAGAGGCUUUCAACUUUAACGUUGUCCCGCUCUGAAGACAACCUACUACAGCGCCUCCAUGGUAAAACCCCCGCCUCCCACACGCACUCACUCAGCGACAAAGCCAAGGACCAAUCAGAACGCAGGGACAUGGACACAUCGACUCUGGUGCACAGUAAAAGCAUGUCAGAGCUCGGAAAGAACUGCCUGGAGCUUUUCUCCAGUGAUCUCGACCAAUCAGACGACAGCCUGAGUGUUAGCAUGCCCACUGACAAACUAUGUGCCACUCUGAGGAGGGCAGAGGCGCGGCGGGCACAGAGAGAGGCUGCAGGACCAACAGAGAGUAACACCAGCUCAGAUGGGGAAACGGCUCCAUCUGGUGGUGUAGAUAGGAAAAACGAGUCCACGGCCACCAGUGAUUCAGGGGAAAUGUCACCAAAGAAGAGGAAGUCACCAGCCCAGCAGCACAAGAAGCUAACACUAGCUCAGCUGUACAGGAUACGCACCACUCUGGUCCUCAACUCCACCCUCACUGCAUCGGAGGUAUAACCGCUCCAGCUGAAGGUGGAACUAAGGAACAACACUUGUUUUGCUUCGAUGGACUGAAUUUGUCGAGACACAAAAUGCACUCUCUCUCUCGCUGCCCUCUCCCUUCCUGGUUCCUUUUUUGGACACUGAUCGAACCACUUUUUUUUGCAUUUGAACAAUAACAAGCCUACUUUUCUUCUUCUUCUUUUGCUGUUGCAUUGGUUGUUCUGAUUUUUUGAUCAGAAGGGAGAGGCACAGGGACACAUUAACUGCUUGCACUUUGCAACGGAAGUAGCAUAAACAGGGAGGGCUUGGACUUUAACGUGGACCAUCCCUGCACUCUGCACCGGAGACGGGCUUCUUCUCCGACUGACAAGAGGGACACUAAGACUUGAAAAUGCUCUCUACAUGUGGUGAAAGAUAAAGAAGAAACACAGCACCUGGGACGUCCUCCUAAUAUUUGUACUACUCCUGGUUUGCUUUAAGAAAAAAAUUAAAAAAUUGCACAGUUAUCUUUGUUAAGUAGAAGAAUCACUAAAAGGAGUGAAUUUACAUUAACAGUCACAAUGAAUUUGAGUUAAUUAUUUCUUUAUGUACAGAUGUGUGAAUGUGUUUGAAUGUGAGUGAACGAAUGAAAAAUGGUCCUUGAUUCCUGACUGAACCAAACUGAUUUACCAUCUCCUGUGAGCGCGGUGACACCCAAAGAUUUAAGACCGAAAGAUUCCCAAGAAAAGUGCCCCCAAAGACCCAUCAGACACAGUAGCUGCCCUGUGGAGUUAAUCUCAGAAAAUAAUGACUGAAAAUGGUUGAAUAAAGGUUAUUUUGAGAAUUUUCCUGCACUAUAUUUACCCUGACAUGAGCGUAUUUUUCACUCUGGAAGCCUAAAUGUAAGAAACAACAUGCACAAGUGCACAAGCCACACCACAGAAGUCUACACUAGCCUGUUUUAGAGCACAUUUCCAAUGGCAUGUUUCAUUUCUCGUGUUUCUUUGCGAUGGCAACACUAAUAAGAGGUUGAACAAAAAGUUUGGGUUGAUCUUUUGUACCGAGUGAAUCUGCAGAGCUGCUUUUUCCAGGAGAUUUGAACAUUUUCAGAUCAGUGAUUUCUCUUCCAAACAUCACCCCAACCAAAUAGGUUAACUCUGUUUACUUUAGGGUUUUUUUUUUGUUUAUGUGUAAUAUUUAUUAUGCCUGCUAUGUUUUAUAUAUAAGAUAUUGUUUAUAUUAUUUGCUUCCAUGAUUUGUAAAUUCUUUUUUUUGUUGAUGUAGUCUUAAUAAUUUGCCAGGCAUGAAUGUGCUAUGAACCAAAAUCAUGACUUUAAAGUGUCUUACAGAAAUAAAAAGGAUAAAAUACGUUCAAAUCCCUCCUCUGAUGGU